UCACGUUCUCUGCAUACCAUCGCGUUCACUUCUUGGCAUUCAGUUGCAAAGGAAUUUUAUUGUAGUUUCGUUACCGGCAUCAAAGCAUUGUUUAAGAAAUAUUCACCUUCUUCCAAGGCAAUUAACAAUACAGUUAUUUUUAAAGUGCAUUAAAUUUUACUAAAUAAUAACAAAAUGUUUUGGGGAUUAAAUUUAAAACCUAACCGUAAAUAUACGCAAAAAACGAGCAAGCCCUUCCACAUCUCCUUGGCAUCGUUGGAUACCGAUUCUGUGUCAGAUGAAGGCGCCAACCAAAUUUUCAUCAAUCAUGAUAAUCAGAAAUUUUUGAUUUGCACAUUGCGCAAAGGCAACUGCGAACAAGUUAUGCUUGAUCUGAAUUUCGGAGAAGGAGAUGAAAUUUGCUUCCAAAGUAUUGGUAGCGGAAAUGUUAGUCUUACUGGCUACCUCAUUGAUAAAUUCAACUUCAUGGAUGAUGAAGACGAGUCGGAUUUAGAAGAUGAAGAGGAAGAAGCAGUCGAAGAUCUUCGUCAAGCUCUAAACAAAAAAGCCAACUCCAAAAAGGGCAAUGCAAAGAAGCAGGCAGUUGAAGAGGAAGAUGAUGAUGAUGAUGAAGAGGACGAUAGCGAUUUCAAUGAUGAAGGUUUAGAUGAAGUCGAGGAGGAUGAUGAUGAAGAAGACGAAGAAGGUGAUGACGAUGAUGAUGAAGAUGACGAUGACGACGACGACGAUGAAGAGGUCGAGGAGGAAGAAGAUGAAAGUGAAGAUGAAGAAGUCCAACAACCAAAAGCUAAACAACCAAAAUUGGAUAAGCCACAAAAACAACAAAAUGGUGUUGCAAAAGAAAGCCAAGCUGCUGCUGAUAAAAAAGGCAAGAAGGACAAAAAAGCAAACAAAGCUGAACAGCAGAAGCAACCCCAACAGAAAGCUGGUGGUGAACGUGUCAUAACUGGUGGAGUAAAAAUCGAAGAUAUUCGUGUAGGCAAUGGCCCAGAAGCUAAGUCUGGCAAACGUGCACAAGUGUUUUAUGAAGGAAGACUUAAAUCUAACAAUAAGGUAUUCGAUAGUCUGAAGACCGGCGCUGGUUUCAAAUUCGGUCUUGGUCGUGGUGAAGUCAUUAAGGGUUGGGAUGUUGGCGUCGUUGGAAUGAAGGUGGGCGGCAAACGUCGCAUCACUUGUCCACCACACAUGGCAUACGGCGCACGUGGUUCACCACCAACAAUUCCACCAAACAGCACACUAGUGUUUGAAGUGGAAUUGAAGGGUGUACAUUAGAAAUAUAAAGUCCUUAAAUUGUUUUGUUUAACUUAGCAUUUACAUAUAUAGUUGCGACAAUUCGCAUUUAAAAUUUUUUUAAUAUUUUGUCUUGAGUUUCAAAUAAGUUAAAAUACCAAUUGUUUCAUAUAUUAUUUUCAUUAUUAUUCCUUUGCAUAAAUAUGAAAAUGUGCAGAAAGGUAACUCGACAUUUUCUCAUAUAUGAGCAGAAACUCCCCUUAUGAAUAAUUAAAAGGAUAAAUACAUUCGAAGUACUGUUUUGUAAAAAAUAAAAACUAAA